GCUUUUUCAUGAGGGACGUGUUUGUUCGACGCACUUCUCCACAAGCGCGUUUUGGAACAUGAAGAUGAGAAGAUAUGUUUUCGGCUGCUGUUUAUUAGGCUUAGUAGCUAUUGUUUCGGUGCUUGCAGAUAAUGACGAUGAUAACUCAGAUGACGCCUCAGACAGUGACUCCAAUGGACGCUCAACUGCACCCUCCCCGGGGCCAUGGUUCGACCGAAUCUUAGGUCUCAUACACUCCAAGAACUUUCAAGGUGUCUACAAGAAGUAUCUCGAUAGUAUGAAUCAGCCAGAAUCCGCUGACACUUCAACUGGUGAAUUAGCAAGGCGUGACUUUGCCCCAGGCCCCGUGAGUAAAGUGUUUGUGAAAGAAUCCCGAGAUAAACACCACCACCGACAUCAUCAUCCUCAUCAUGAUCGUCAUCAUCAUCGACAACGUCACCAUGAUCAGAAGAAGAGCAGUAAAAAAGCGAGGAAAUGGUUAAACGUGAAAGUUGUAAAUCAAGUAGGCACACGUGUCAAAAUAAAGGCCAACAAGAUCCUACCGAGCGCCGUACUCAGCAGCGGAGAAAUCUUCGUCUACCAUCAGCUCUUGAACCAGACUGACCGAAAGGCUACGAUCACUCUGAAGGCUGUCGACGAGUAUACAGAUAAACCGCUGAUCAUCAACGGAGACCAAAAGUUCUACGUCACGCCAACUACUUAUGAUGACACACAAGAGGCCUACGUGUCACGCGAAGACUCAAGGAGUGGUAUCCUGCAUGGAAGACACGGCCACAUUGUCAAGAGUCUAGGGGCUGGUAAUAGAUGGUUCUACGUGAAGCUCAUAAAUCACGCCGGUGGCCAUGUCAGAGUCACUCCGGACCAGAUCCUCCCGGCCACCACACUGGAUGUGGAUGAAUCUCAAGUAGAGUACGCCCGCCUGGAGCCUGGGGAUGAGUACAAGAGAAUUGUCCUGAGAGCUGUGGAUGUUAAGAAUGAUGAACCAUUGAAGCUAAACGGGGAGUUUACACUAGCUUUGAGGCCAGAUGACGCAGGAGAUGUUGCAAGAGUGAAGAUCACACGAGGAGAGGUCAUUUAUGCGAAAUGCGAUAAUUUUAUCCCAAUGGAUGGAGAAGGCAAGUUUGAAUACCAGAUCGCUACAGAUGAAACAAAAAGUUGGUUUGACUCUGUUAGAGCCUGCAAGCUUUGCAAUUCUGAACUGCUGAGUGUUCACACAAAAGAAGAAAACGAGUUUAUCACAAAACAGCUGCGCAAGUCGUCAGAUGUAAACAAACUGUGGAUUGGAAUGUCUUACAAAGAGAAAGUACGAAUGUGGUCCUGGAUUGACGGCUCUAGAUACAGAUACCAAAAUUGGAAGGAAGGCCAACACUACGACGGCAAAGACGAACAGUGUGGUAUAAUGUAUCAGCGGUAUGAUUGGGGAAGAUGGGAUGAUGACAACUGUUAUAAACCACUCGGGUUCAUCUGCAAAAGACAUCGAACAAAGGUUACUGAUCAACCGAAGGGAGUGAACAAUUCUUCAACAGCCAAGAGUGGGUGCCCAAACAUUUUGUCAGAGUGCCCCUCCCUGUGUACGAUUGUUAAGAAUCCCGGAUCUUGUCCCCAGUGCGACUGUGGACCGCUUGUCAAAGGUUAUGACACCAUGAGCUUCAAAGAGCAGGCCAAGGUGCGCAAGCUAUUCUCCGAAGCCAACCAUCAAGUAGCUGCAGCCAGACAGGCGCGGAUUGAUGAGGCGCGAGCCAUGCGCCGGUCUAGGAUUAUGCAGGAAGCUGGACGGAUUAUGGCGGAGUCACACAAUCUUCAGCAGGUCGCCAUGAUGGAAGGAAUCCCAUUGAAUCUUCCCGCACUUGCACCAGUGCAUCGAAGAGAGAUGAUCUUGAGGCCCGGUGAAGGCGAAACCGAACUUAGCAAAACCAGGAGCCUAGCGCGUGAGAUCGCAAGCAUGAUCAACGACAUUGAGAACACCAAAAAAGAACAGAAGAGGAGUUAAAUAAUAAGCUCUCACUGUGAAACCCCUCAUCAAGUUUGGGUGGAACACAUUACAUCUGGUUUAAUGGAUCCAGCAGUCUGUGGGGUAGUAAUAAUAAUUUCCUUCAGCUCCCGAGCAGUAUAAAUGCGGAUUCGGCGCGUAUGUGUACAGAAAAAAAAAACAUUGCGACCCGCUUAAGAAUCAUGAAGUAAAUUUUUUUUCUUUAAUCGAAAAGCAGCGUGACAACAUUUCAAGAGCGUGUUGGAACGAUCCCGUCCCUCCCCUCCCACUUCAACCUUAUUACCGUCCACUUCCCUUUUCAUCUGCCUUUACUGUUUGACAUUAAACUACUCAGUAUAGGUCCACCUUAGCCUCUCUUUGGAGCACAAAAAUUGGAAAGAAAGAAAGAAGAGAGCCUAAAUAAACGAAUUCUUUUAUCGUCCAUUUCCUUGUUAUCAGUUUAAAACAGCUGCCCUAUCUCCGGCGGUUUUAGAUCUAAAAGAAAAUUUGUGGGGAUGAUGUGACUAAGAAUACAAGAAAAGAGAAUCAAAUGAAAAGAUAUGAAGAGUAUUUUUGUAAUGGGGAAAAGUUAAAUUUGU